AUGAGCCUCACUCUCACCUCAUGCUGCCCAGUCUGCCGUAGCAAGGAAAACCUUUCUCGGUGCCUAGGCUGCUAUGUUACGCUCUACUGCGGCCGAGAGCACCAGAUAGCCCACAGAAACGAGCACAAAGGCGCCUGCAAUGCGAUCAAGAAAAGCAAACAGGCCCUGGACAAUGAAGAGCAGAAACUUCGUGCACACCCUGGUGAUUGGAUGACCCCUGCCAACGUAUUUGAAGAAGGAGCAGGUCAUUUCUGGGGCAUCGUAGAAACCCGACCAUAUAUGACAGCACGGUUCGCCUUGGUGGAGGCUCUUCUCAAGAUCAAGACAACACUUGCAGUCCAAGCAGCCCAUAGCCACCUUAUGGAUAUGCUCCGUCUCUGUCGCGGUGAUAAUAUGGGGGUUCGUGAUCUUGUCCCGGCAUUGUACUUGCGAUUGGGCAAGGACCAGGAAUGCUAUGAUUUUGUCAAGUGGUGGGCCACCACGGCGGAAAAUUCACACUACGACUGGGGAGACACGAGCCUGCCAUAUCUUCACCUUAAGGACGAGGAUGUCUUUGAACCGAUUGGUCUCUUCACAAGGAGAUUCGCCGAACUUACUCACGCCGUGUCAGUCACUUUGAUUAAAAUCAGGCUGUUACUCGAUGUAAGGUCUUUACAGAACUCGACCGUUGUAGGUGCAAAAGUCCCGAAAGAGCUUUUGGACAAGAUCCGUGGUCACCUCGUAAGCACGGUUGUCGCUAAAAGGAAGGACAUUAUGGACAGCGAGGAUCAGGGCCCACUCAUCAAGAAGUUAGAAUCACAGGUGGAGAAGCUAUAUACAUUUGUGAAGGAGUCGAACAAGUACUUCUGGCCAGCUCUUCUCAAGCCUGGAGCAAACUUGACGGAACGCCCGGGAAUAUACAGUGCGGGUACUCGGGAACAUAUGAAGCUGGUGCUUCAAUAUUCUUACGAUUCAUGGAUCGAGACCCCAAAAGCUAUUGAUAUCAUCAGGGAACUGGCUGCGAAGGAUGCGAGUAACUGA